AAUGUGCCUGAUGACACCAUGAUGGCCGUAUGGAACCUCAUCACCUUCAAGGAGCAAGGGGGCACGUUCGGAGACAGCUGCCCCAACCGCAAUGUGACUGUGUACUUCAGGUCCGGGGCUCCUCCUGUAAUCAACCCCCUGUACACCCGCUUCCCUCGGGACACGGUCGUCCCGGGGUCCUUCGCCGUGACUCUCACCUGGACCCUGCCGAACCGUACGACGGGAGCGUUCAACGUGACCAGCCCUCUCCCCGGAGACUGGUUCCUGGCCGCGCAUUUGCCCAAGGAUGAAGGCAAGAUCUCAGUCAAGGGUCUGUCUGAGGAGUGCCAGUACCUGUUCCAGCCUCAGCUCAUCGUCCAGAGGCUGAUCGGGAUCUCAGUGCUUUAUCCCGGAUACUUCAUUGACCAGAUGAUCCCGGUCCACAACAGAUCUGCUCUUUAUAAAGUGUUCAUCCCCAAUUAUAUAUCAAAGGUGAAGGUCCAGCUGGUAAACUGCAGCACCAAGAACAAGAGCAGCGACAGUUGUCCCGUGGUGCUGAAGAUAAGAGCCCGGGCGCCGCCGGUGCAUAACUCAAGUGCCCUCGACUGCAGGGAGUGGAACCCUUGUGAAUUAGUCACCCUGGUCCCCGCCUGGGAACAGUGGUACUACAUCCUGGUGGAGAGAUAUCUGAGCAACUCCGACGUCUACUUCCGCAUCGGGGUGCAGGUCACAGAUUGUUCCAAGCCCAGUUUGUCGAAGGACCAAGCCCAGCCCAGCUCCUCCAUGAACAUGCCUCAGUCGUUUGGAACGGCGAUGGGCUUCUCCCUGUCGGAGACGCUGCUGAUGGCGGCUCUGCCCAGCUUGUCCCAGAACGCCAGCCACCUGCACACCUCAGAAGACAGCAUCGUUUACCUCGCCCCCACCGCAGACACCAACAAGUGCUGGCCCAUCCGCCCCACCCUCCGCAACGAGCUGGACACCUUCUCCGUGCACUUCUACGUCUUCUUCGGCCCGAACAUAUCGAUUCCACCCGACAGGGCGGCGGUGUUCGCCAUCAACCUCAUGCCCGUCCUGGACAGCGGCGGCGUCCUCAACAUGGAGCUCAAACUCAACAUGUCGACGCUGAAAGGAGCGAACCUGACCGUGUUCGGCUGCCUGAACCACGGCAUGCCGCUGUUCCUGCGGGAGAACUCGUCGCUCAAGUGCGAAUCAGAAUCGGUUGCCGGGUUCUUCCUCUCCGUCAACGCCUCCGCUAACAUCACCAAACUGAGGAUUCCCUACCCACAGACCGGCACCUGGUACCUCAGUCUGCGCUCCCUGUGCGCCACCGAACACGGGUUCGAGGCCUGCACCAACGUGACUGCGGAGGUCUACAUGCGCUCCUAUCUGACUCCCUGCAUCAACGACUGCGGGACGUACGGCCAGUGCAAGCUUCUGCGCACCAACAACUACCUGUACGCCGCGUGCGAAUGCAAAGCAGGAUGGGACGGAUGGGGAUGCACGGACAACUCGGAGGCCUACUCCUACAGCUUCCAGCUCCUCUCCACCCUCUUGCUCUGCCUCAGCAACCUGAUGUUCGUCCCUCCUGUGGCCAUCGCCAUCCGAAGCCACUACCUGCUGGAGGCGUCCGUCUACAUCUUCACCAUGUUCUUCUCCACCUUCUACCAUGCAUGCGACCAGCCGGGCAUCGUGGUCUUCUGCAUCAUGGAGUACGAUGUCCUGCAGUUCUGCGACUUCCUCGGGUCGCUCAUGUCGGUGUGGGUCACCGUCAUCGCCAUGGCCCGCCUCAAGUCCAUCAUCAAGCAGGUGCUGUAUCUGCUGGGGGCGAUGUCUCUGUCCAUGGCUCUGCAGCUCGACCGUCACGGUCUGUGGAACCUGCUGGGACCCAGCCUGUUUGCUCUGGGCAUCAUGGCCGUGGCGUGGACGGUGCGCACCAUCCGCCGCCGGCGCUGCUACCCGCCCACCUGGAAGCGCUGGGUGUUCUUCCUCUUCCCGGGCACCAUGAUCGCCACGUCUGCCGUGGCGCUCUACGCCUUCGUGGAGACGGAAGAGAACUACUUCUACAUCCACAGCAUCUGGCACAUGCUGAUCGCGGGCAGCGUGGGCUUCCUGCUGCCGCCUCGCGCCAAGCCCGACACCAAGGUGACCCCGCUGAAGCGCCGGCGGGGCUGCGGCUACCAGCUGUGCGUGAACGAGCACGAGGAGCUGGGCCUGGUGGACCCGGCCAUCAUCUCCAUCAACAGCAUCUGCACCAGCUGAUGACCUCCCCGGACUCCCAGC